AUGCUACUAUAUAAAUUGGUUUUAGUGGUACAACUGGCGAAAAUUGCAUUCUGCGAUUACUAUAAGAUACUAGGUGUACCUAGAAAUGCUACAGAUAAACAGAUUACUAGUGCCUACCGCAAGCUGGCUAAGGUUAUGCAUCCAGAUAUAGCACCGGAGAAGGAAAAGGAAUUUGUUAAAAUCACUGAGGCUUAUGAUGUACUCAGAGAUCCAGAAAAGAGGUCUAGAUAUGAUCGUUUUGGAGAAGAAGGAGUCAGUCAAAAUUUUCAUGAGCCAAACUCAAACUUCGGUGGUGGUGACCACGGGUUUUUUCAGGAUAUAUUUUCGCAAUUCGGCGGUUUCCAUUUCUCUUUUAAUGGAAAGGACCACAGACAAGGCUCUGGCGGUGACCAUUACCCCUAUGAUUUUCAUGGUAAUAUAGACGAUUAUAAUGAACACAUUAGUAGCACUAAAUGUAUAACCUUAAUAUUGCUGCAUCAUCCUCAGUGUGGACAUUGUCUUAAAUUUAAACCUGUAUUUAACAAGUUGACCAAGAAAUAUAAGACUUUAGAAUUUCUUUCAGUUAAUUGCCAACGAAAUAAUGCUAUUUGUCAACAUGAAAAUAUAGCUGGUUAUCCAACUCUCGUCGCAUACAAAUGGCCCAGUUUCGACAAGUUUACAUACCACGGCGACUUAAGCGAAAAAUCAAUUGACAAUUGGUUACACAAUUCGGUUAUUGGAAUUAAAGUGAAAACUAUAACUACCGUUAAGCAACUUGAAGAUUUUGUUGCAAAUUCAAAGAUAUUGCCAAUUGUUGCAAUAGUUAACAAUCCAAAUUCACUAGUAUUGCCCUCAAUUGCUAUGGUUCUGAACGAAAAAGCUAAUCUUGCAAUUGUGCUGGGAAAUAAUACUAUGAUUGUAAAAAGGUUGUUACCACCUUACACACCAUCUUUAUUGGCAGUGUUAAGUGUUGAUGAGAUCGAAGGUGAGUGGUACAACCUGAAAAACUUCAAAUUUGACGAAAUACUCCUAGAAUUGCGGAAAGAUGUAUCUAAAUUUAAGCAGAGCAAAGGUGGUACUAAGGGUUCCUAUAAACAGUUAACUAACAAAUUAAUUGAAUCUGGUGAAUGCGGCCCGAAAGAUGGCCAAUAUUGCUUCAUUGCAUUGGUGAAAGAUUCCAAUGCUGAACUAAAUAAUGUAUUGAAAGAACUAGCAAAUAAAUAUCGCAAUGAACCGGUGAAAUUGAGAUUUUACCCUGUAUCUGGAAAGGCACCCUUCGGAUUGGAUAUUAGGAGGGGCAUAAAAUUUGUCGCGUAUAGGCCUAAAAGGGCCAAAUUUAAGGUGUUGGAUAAAAUACUGAACAUCAAUAGCAUCGAUGAGUUUAUCAAUGGUGUGCUUGAGGGAUCAGUCAAGUUAGAUUUAAAUGCACAGUUUUUUGAGUUUAGGCAGCUUGAACUCUGA